AUUUUCUAUUUAAUAUUUUUGGACUGUGAUUUUUGAAAUUAUAGAUAAGGAAGGACCUCUGUGAUAGGACAAAUAACGUACUUAAUGGAGAAAGGAUAGUCUAGGAAUGAAACUUGGAGACUGGUAUUGUCCUCCUCCUCUCCUCAGCCAGGAUCCACUGGGCAUGGGGGAGGCAGGGAUGAGAUCUUUCAGAAUCUCUGCUCACUUAUUUCUUUGUCCAGUCUUUCGUCCUUUCCAGGCCCCUGUCAUCUCUCUUGCUUACUUUAUACCUGUGCUCCUGUUGUAUGCCCAGAGCUGCCUCUUACGUAGUUGCUCCCACCUGUAACAUCAUUUGAGGUUACUAACCCCCAAGCUUGUACAAAUAGUCAGAUAUAGUUUCUCCUGUUCCUUCCUCUGUUGCCCCCAAAGGAAAGUUUACAAACUUCUUUGUGUUAAAUAUUUGGUUGCUAAUCUCUGUAGGAUAGUAACAAAAAGUUGCAAAGUUCUUGGAGCUCUUGUCUCUCUUCACUCCAGCUGAGAAGAACCAUUGUGAAGGAAAGGGUCUCAGUGGCCUAUAAUUGAGGGGUGCCUCUACUAUAGACCCUCCCUUUCCAGUGAAAGCAGAAGCCAGGUGCCACCCCAAACACACCUGUGUCUCAAUAUAGACCCCCUGGGAUCCUUUGAUCUGUGAUACUUUUUCUUCCCUUCAGUGGUGCCUGGGGUACUAAACGUUGUCUAAUUCUUUUCACCUCUUCAGUUCCUGGGAGGGGAGGUGUCAGCCCCUGUUCACAGGUUGCCCCCAGAGGCUAGGCAGAAGCUACUGGGGUAAGUGCGUAGGUGAAGUUGAACUUGACAGAUGACAGGUGUGUUGCUCUUAGUACAGUCCUGUUACUUUCUUCAGAGUGAGGCUGGAGAAGGAGGAUUUCUCCAGCUUCCACGGGCCUGGGAUGGGAUGGGGGUGUCUGGAUUACCUGGGGCUGAGGCCUCCAGGUUUAAACAGUUUCCAAGGAAUCUGAUUAACUUGGGCGCCCCCCUGUGGUUCUGAGUGGAAUGUGUCCCACUUACCUCUGGGGAAGGAGAGCAGUGUGGUGGGAGGAACAUCCUCUGCAGCCUUGCUGCCUUAUGGCCUGGCCCACCCACCAGGAGUGUCAACAUCUCGGAACUGACUUCAGACUUGCCUUAUCACCCUUUGCACUUUUAGCAAGAUUUGCACACUAAAGUCUGAAGGGCAUUCUCUGGCAGUCCCUAAAAUAUGACGCUAAAUCCUCUUACCCCACUAACUUCAAGGCAGGGCUGACUCUCCUUAGGGAUUCUAGAGACACAAUAGGCCACAUCCUAAAUGUGUACUCCUAGCCACUUCCAAGUGUAUGCUUUAUCCAGGACAACAUUAAUGGUUCUCCUUUGGGCUUUAGAUCAACCUUUCAAACCCUGGGCUGAGGGCAGGGAGAUGGAGUGGCCCAGCCCCCAGAGCCAGCCCAUGCACCUCUGUAAGCUGUUUUGAUCCCCUGGCAUGUACAACAGAAGGCCUGAGUUAUGCACCACUCUCCUCACUAGGGCACCUGAACCCUUGUGGUAGAGGAAAUGGAUGCAGUUAUAUAAGCACCUUUAUGGGAUUGACCCCACGAGCAUUUGUCUAAUUCACAGUUUUCCCCAACAGUUUUGCACUGUGCCUCCAUCCAGAUUGCUUCUUCAAGCCAUCUGGUUCUAAGGUGAAUUUCUUGUGGAGCCAUGCAUCUUUCCCCAAAGCCAUGUAUCUUCUUUCAUGGAGUCUGGAUUCCACUUUGGGGCCUGGUAAAACAGGGCAUUAGAGAUGUGUAGCCCUGGGCUUGACUUCCUCCCCCAACCCCCAGCCCCAGCCUUAGCUGAGUUCAUGCCUGCCCUGCCUUUGUCAAGGGACACUGGCUGGCUGGUUAAAGAGUGUACUUGGAAGCUUUGGAAAGUAUGAAGCUACUGGAAUUUAAGUUUCAGAUGAAACCCAAGUAUCUUUCUAAUGCUCUCUAGGGCUAGCAAGAAGGUGAAAUCUAGUGGUUGAGAUGUAUCUGGGGAAUAAGUCCCUUCUCCAGAGGGAAGUUGAUGUUUCUAGUAUCUUCACAGGGGGAUGUGUGGUGUUGUUGGCAGCAGGGAAUGCUCUCAUGUAGAGGGACAGGUGCAUCUGUGUGUUUAUAAAAGUGUUGUCCGACUAGGGUGCAGUUUGGGGCAGUCAAGUCUUUGUGUGGAAUGCACUGUGUGAUUCAGCUAUUACUGAGUCGAGAGCCCUUGGGUUCUGGUUUGGUGGCCUUGAAGGAGUCCCUCAGACCUUUCCAAGUCUGUUUCCUCCCUUUUCGAUUAGGAAGUUGUGAUGGUUGAUUCCUCAGGUCUCUUCCUGCUCAGUCAUGCUCAGCACCCAGCCUGAGCCCGGGGUUUUCUGCUCCUGUUUUUACUGUGAUUUUCUUUCUGGGUCUCUAUUCCUGCCCGUCAGCCACUCCCCAUGCUAGUUUCCUUACCUGACUUGUUGCUCACUGAGGAGCUGAAAUUUAGCUUUUUGGAAAUUGUGUGUUACUCAUUGGAAAUGCAGGAAGCUUGAGCAUGAAACUCUCUCAUCAGAAGAAAAAAAAAAAAGAAGAAAACCACAUACGGAGCAAGAAACCGCAGGGCCUAUCAGCUUGUCGUCAUCGCGCAGACUAGAAUAGUGCAGAAAGCUCUAGGCAGAGAGGAAAUGAACUUGAGAGAAGGGGGAACACAGGCCAAGAAGAGAGAGGAGCGAGGGCGGGAGCCCGGGCGGCGAUGGUCAGGAUGGAAGAGGUGGCGGUAAAGCAGGGCUUCCUGCACCUCCAGCAGCAGCAGACUUUUGGCAAGAAGUGGCGCCGGUUUGGAGCUGUGCUGUAUGGAGAGUCAGGCUGCGCUCUGGCACGGCUAGAGCUCCAGGAGGGCCCAGAGAAGCCUCGUCGGGGAGAGGCCAGCCGGAGGGUCAUCCGCCUCAGUGACUGCCUGCGGGUGGCUGAGGCAGGCGGGGAGGCCAGCAGCCCUCGGGACACCAGUGCCUUCAUUCUGGAGACCAAGGAGCGUCUGUACCUGCUGGCAGCCCCUACCGCUGAGCGUGGUGACUGGAUGCAGGCCAUCUGUCUCUUGGCCUUCCCCGGGCGGAGGAAGGAGCCCUCAGGGCUGGAGGGGAAGAGUGGCAGGCCCUGCAUGGAGGAGAAUGAACUGUACAGCAGCUCGACCUCAGGGGUCUCCCUCAAGGAAUUUGCUGUUACCGUGAGACCCACAGAAGCCAGUGAGCGGUGCCGGCUCCGAGGACCUUACACGCUCCGGUUGGGGGUGAGUGCUCUGGAGCUGUGGAGUGGCCCUGAUCCAGGCACCCAGCUGUACGACUGGCCCUACAGGUUCCUGCGACGCUUUGGGCGGGACAAGACGACCUUUUCCUUUGAGGCGGGCCGGCGCUGUGUCUCUGGAGAGGGCAACUUUGAGUUUGAAACACGGCAAGGCAACGAGAUCUUCUUGGCCCUGGAAGAGGCCAUUGCUGCCCAGAAGGAUGCUGCCCCUCCUGGGCCCCCACCCCCACCAGCCACAGUGUCCACAGUGCCCACUGUGCUGCCCCGGCCGGAGAGCCCCUACUCCCGGCCCCACGACUCACUGCCACCACCUUCACCCAGCACGCUGGUGCCGGCCGCGCGCUCUGAGGGGGAAUAUGCUCUGCCCUUUGAUGCAGUAGCCCGCAACCUGGGGAAGAGCUUCAGGGCCAUGCUGGCAGGCCCUCCCCUGCUCCUGGCUGACCCUCUGUAUGAGGAGCCCUCAGCCCCUCCACCUGACCACAUAUAUGAUGAGCCUGAGGGCAUGGCCUCCCUGUCUCUGUAUGACAGUCCGCAGGAGCCCCAGGGUGAGGGGUGGAGAAGGAAGGCCACCGUGGAAAGGGGCCCCAGCAUCCUGCAGCAGGACUUGUCUGUCUCUGGCUGGCCACAGGAAACUGAGUAUGACAAUGUUGUGCUGAAGAAAAGCCCAAAGUGAUGUGGAUGCCAAGAUGGGGCCACCUCGAAGUACAUGGGGGGUUGUGGCUGGAGACUGUGGAGGAGGAAGCCUGUCUCCCCUUCCAGCUUGGCCACUGCGUGGAGCAUCUCUGUGGGCUCCGUCUGCAGACCCAGGCCUGGCCUGCCCUGUUUGGCCUGAGGGAUUCUCCCUCCUAGGGCGCACUGAGUCACCAGCCCUGAGCAGGCAGAGUGCCCUGGAGAGACCCACCCUCCUCCCACUCCUUUCCACUUCCUCUUUUCUUUCUUUGACCCUAAAGGGAACCUGGGGGCAUUUAGGGCAGAGGAGAAAAGGAUAUCCACAAUCUCCUGGACUCCCCUCACCCCAUGGUUCCUUGGCUUGUGCUGGCCUCCUGCUUGCUGAGGUCCCUCCCUGGGACAGCCUUAGCUCCAGGCAUCCAGGAGGAUGGCUGCAGCUUUCUGCAGGUUUCAGAUUUCUCCGUGGCAUUAAAAUGUUUUUGAACUA